AUGCAGCGCUACUCAUUUACAGUACGCUGGAUUCCAGGUAAAGAAAAUUUAAUGGCCGAUGCCUUGUCACGCGCUCCAGUACACCUCGCAUCCCCCAACGAUGAGCUGGCCGAAGUACCGCCCUCCGCAGAUGCUUGCAUAUCGCUAUUGGCAGCCAUCACGGGGUCCGAUGACAGUCUAAGCGACCCCCUUCUCAAAGAAAUUGUGCUGACCACCGCAACCGACCCAGUGAUGAAAGCGCUCCGCGAGAUGAUCCUGGCAGGCUUCCCCAACGACAAGUGCAAUUUGUUGUUGGGGCCUUUGCCUCUCCGCCCCUUUUGGUGCAUCCGGUGCCGCCUUUCAAUCGAUGAAAGCGAAAACCUCAUCAUGCUGGGCCCCCGUGUAGUCAUCCCGGAAGCCGUCCGCCGUAAAGUCUUGGAUAAAUUUCUAUUGAUGCACCAGGGUGCGACAAAAUUGCGGCAACGGGCCCACCUAACCAUGUUUUGGCCGUCCAUGGACAAUGAUGUUGUCACCGCCGCCCGCACAUGCCACACUUGCACGGAGUACCUCCCGUCACAUCCGCCGGAACCAUUAUUACCUCAUGCCAGGGCCUCCAGACCCUUCGAGUUCAUCCAUGCAGACCUUGGUUGCCAUAAUGACCGCGAUUUCUUAAUCUUGGCGGACCAUUUCAGUGGUUGGCCCCACGUCGUGCCGUUUCUGGACAAAAACACCUCCGCCCGCAAGAUUGUCGACGCUAUCCGGUCGUUCCUUUCUUUUGGCGCAGGUGCGCCGGUCAAGUUUUGGUCGGAUGGCGGCCCUCAAUUCGCAUCCGAUGAGUUCAACACGUUCUUGCGGGACUGGGGCAUCAGCCACGGCGUCUCAUCCGCAGGGUACUCUCAAUCAAACGGCUUCGCCGAGGUAUCGGUGAAGAGUAUGAAAAAGCUCAUCCGCGGUUCGUGGACAGCGGGAUCCUUCAAUAUCGACGAGUUCAGCAAAGGUCUCCUCGUCUACCGCAACGCGCCAAUUUCCAGCGGGGCAUCGCCUCCUUAA